UCGGAAUUCAAUAUUUAUAUUGUCCCCAUAUUAUUAAUAAAUAAAUAUUUUAAAGGAAAUUCAGUUGCGGCAUGCAAAAACAGAAACCCAAGGGUCCUAAGAGGCCCGGCUCACGACCACAUACAGGCAAGCCGCAUGGCAAGCAACCUCAAAAGCGUUCCAAAGAGCAUGCCGCCUCAAAGCUGGCUGCUACUGAACUGGAAAUUGGUGAACUGAAAGCCAAAUAUGAUGAUAUUGAUGUAAACAACAUUAAACUAUUUGCUGACUUUCCGUUGUCGCAGAAAACUCAAAAGGCACUCAGCGAGUUUAAAUUUAAAGUGCCAACCGAGGUGCAGCGUCAAAGUAUUGGACCCGCUCUGCAGGGUAAAGAUGUGCUCGGCGCUGCCAUAACAGGCAGUGGCAAGACGCUGGCUUUUCUAAUUCCUGUGCUGGAACAUCUUUACCAUAACAAAUGGUCCAGGGGCGAUGGCGUUGGUGCCAUUAUUAUCUCGCCCACACGUGAGCUGGCCUAUCAGAUAUUUGAGACACUGAAGAAAGUGGGAAAACAUCAUGACUUCUCAGCGGGUCUUAUCAUUGGCGGAAAGAAUCUAAAAUUUGAGCGCACACGCAUGGAUCAGUGCAAUAUAUUAAUAUGCACGCCAGGACGUCUGCUACAACACAUGGAUGAGAAUCCGCUGUUCAAUACAACCACCAUGGAAGUGCUGGUGUUGGACGAAGCAGAUCGCUGCCUGGAUAUGGGUUUUCAAAAGACACUCAAUUCGAUUAUUGAAAACUUUCCGCCACAGCGACAGACACUGCUCUUCUCAGCAACACAAACAAACACAGUGCAGGAUCUGGCACGUCUCAAUCUGCAAGAUCCAGUAUACAUAGGCUAUGGUGCUGCAGCUGGGAUCAAGCCAGGUGGUCAGGAGGUAGCCACGAGCUCAACUGCGGUGCUCGCCCUCCCGGAGCUGUUGCAGCAAAGUUAUGUGGUGUUGCCGCUGGAGGAGAAGAUUACUAUGCUAUGGUCGUUUAUCAAAAACCAUUUAAAGCAAAAAAUUAUUGUAUUUGUAUCCAGUUGUAAGCAGGCCAAGUACCUAUAUGAGAUAUUCUGCAAACUGCGUCCAGGCGUCAGUCUGCUGGCGCUUUAUGGCACAUUGCACCAGGAUCGUCGCAUUGCCAUCUACGAAGAUUUCCUGCGCAAAAGCCAUGUGGUUAUGUUUGCCACCGAUGUCGCCUCACGUGGCUUAGACUUUCCAGCCGUCAAUUGGGUACUGCAAUUAGAUUGCCCUGAAGAUGUGUCACAGUAUAUACAUCGUGCUGGACGCUCGGCCCGCAAUAAAACACGUGGUGAAUGUCUGCUGGUGUUGACCCCCAGCGAGGAGGAGUAUAUGCUGACGGCGCUACGUGAGCAGCUUAAAGUGGACAUACGCUGUGUGCUUAUUGAUCCCAAAAAGUUGUUCUCGCCACGUGUCAAAAUUGAAGCGUUCCUCGCUCAAUUCUCGGAGCUGCGUGCGUCGGCGCAGCGUGCAUUCCUCGCCUAUUUGAAGUCUGUUUUCCUCAUGCGCAACAAACGGCUGUUCAAUGUGCUUAGUUUGAAUCUGGAUGCAUAUGCGCAGUCGCUGGGGUUGGCGGUGACGCCACGUGUGCCAUUUCUGGAGAAGUUUCUUUGGCGGCAGAAGCAGCAGCAGCAACAGCAGCAGUCAGAUGAGGUGCAACAGCAGCUGCCACAGUCGACAACCAGCUUUGGUGGUGCUACAGUCGACAGCGAUGAAGAUGAUGAUGAUGAGGAUGACUUUAUCAAGAUUAAGCGACGUGAUCAUGAUGUUGAAGGUGCCCCAGUGAUCUUGGAAGGAUUAUCUGCAGCGACUAAUGCUGAAGCGGCAUUGGACACCCCACUGCAGGUGCCCAAGCGCGAGAAACUUGUGACCAAAGCAGCGCUGGCCAAGAAGGCGAUUAAAAAGAAUUUGCAAGUCAACUCGAAAGUCAAGUUUGAUGAGGAGGGCGAAACGCUGGCGGAUGAGCGCAAUCAAAUGAAGGCGCUGCGUAAGGAGCGCAAACAGCAAAAGGACGACGAUGGAGGCAUUAAUCUAAUGCUGUCCAAGGCGCUUCUAAACGAGGAGGAUCAGUAUGAUAAGCAGCGUUUCCGAGAGCUAGUCAAGAAGCGACACAAGCUGCAGCGUGAGAAGCUGCGACGCAAGGCUGAGCAGCAGGAAAGUGCAGAUGAGGAGGAGGCGGAAGACGAAAAGGAGCAGGAUGUUGCAGACAGUGAUAGCGAGCAGUCUGUGGAUUUAUCCUGGCUGCCUGAUCCGGAUAAAAUAUAUAAGGGCAAACACAAUAAGGCGGAUCAGCAGCCUGUGGAUGAUAGAGAUGAUGACGAUGACGAUAAUGACGAUAUUGACGAUGAGGAUGACGAUGAGCCUGCAUAUAAAAAGUCUAGAUUAACGGAUAGGUUAACGCUGCUCGAUACAGAAGCCAUUGCGGCCAAUCUGUUGGGCAGCUGAUUGUUUUAGAUUUCAUUGUUCAUUGUAUAAAUAAAAACUGCAAAUUUGAAAUUGCUGCACAAAUA